AAAAGAAGUUCAAUUUUCUUUCCAAUAAAAAAUAAGAUAACUCCACAAGCCAAACACAUCAAAUAGUUCACGACAGUUGAGGAAAGAAAAUUGAACUCAGUUUCCGAAACGUGCCGAACCCAACAACCGCGGUGGAAGUGGAAAAUAAAGAUCUCCAGAAGACCGGAAGACUGUAGCGUGCUGGCUGUCUGGCUGAGGCUGCCGUGUCCACGUUGCACUCCACAUUCCCGUUUCAUUUCCUUUCAUUUCACUCCUCGCCUCGGCUUUGUUGGAACGUAAAAAAAAAAAAAAAUGGCAGCUCCCUCGUCGUCCCUCACCCCGCCGCCGCCGGCAGCGGCUGUGGCCUCCACAACGCUGUCCGGGAACCUCACGGCCUCCUCGCUCCUGUCUAUUACGCCGCCGCGACCGCGCCUCGCCGCCUCGCACCGCCGGGCGGUCGUGGCCGCGGCCGCGUCGCCCCGUCCCCCGCCGACACCGGAGGGCGACGGCGACGAGCAGGAGGUGGAGAGGGCGAUGGGGAUGGACGGUGGCAUCCCCGGGACCUCGGGGGAGUUUCUGCGCCGCGUCUCCUCCCGCGCUUACGGCAUGCGGCGCCACCUCAUGGAGUCGCUCGACUCCCUCGCCUACGACGUACUGGAGACAAACCCAUGGAGAGAAGAUUCCAAGCCAGUCUAUGUGCUAGCCACAAGCGAUAACCACCUAUGGACAAUGAAAACUCGCAGGAGCCGCAAUGAAGUCGAAAGGGAACUUGGAAAGCUUUUCUCAAACGGAGGGGGUUCUGGAGUUGGAACUAAAUCGAAGUACUCUGGCACCAAGUUUAACAUGGUUGUCGAAGAUAUCAGAGAUGGAGUACUGGUAUUUGAGGAUGAGGAUGAUGCUGUAAAAUACUGCAACCUUCUGCAGGGCGGCGGCCAAGGGUGCGAGGGAAUUGCGGAGAUAGAAGCAUCAUCAGUUUUCAGCAUGUGCCGUAAAAUGAAAGCCCUUGCUGUUCUUUUCCGCCGUGGAAAGACUCCUCCAUUGCCUCAAAGCCUCGAGCGCGACUUGAGGGCGAGAAAGAGGUCACUGGAGGACUAGUGCUGUCUGUUUACGCUGCAUAGAAGUGUUAAUUGUACUCAUCUAGCUGUUGGAAGCAUGGGCCCUAGGCCUUGUAUACAUCAUAGUAGUACAUAGCAGUCCCUAGCUGAACUGGAACCGAGCCUGACAGAAAACACAGACAUAAUUGCUCGAGACCAGAAAUCUCUUUGAAAUUGGAUGGAUGUUCUUGUAAUUAUGAGCAACAUGUUUACAAUGAAUAAAAUGCGAUACAUCAAGUUAUUGUCAUUA